UGGACCAGGAUGUAAUGCUCUCUGCUGCUGCCUCACUGCCGUGUGUGCCGCCAUGUUUCCACCAUGAUGGUGGACUAAACCUCUGAAACUGAUGCCACAGCUGAGCCUGUCCUGGAUGGGCCUGGGGCACACAGCAGUCUCUCCAUGGCUCUUGCUGCUGCUGGCUGGGGCCUCCUGCCUCCUGACUUACAUCCUGACCCAGGUUUAUGCUGUCUUUGAGAACUCUCACCGCCUCCGCUGUUUCCCGCAGCCCCCCCAAAGAAACUGGCUCUUGAGACACCUAGGCCUGAUCCAGAGCUCAGAGGAAGGACUCCUGUACAUCCAGAGCCUCGUGCGAACCUUCAGGGAUGUGUGCUGCUGGUGGGUGGGGCCGUGGCACCCUGUCAUCCGCGUGUUCCACCCUGCCUUCAUCAAGCCUGUGGUUUUGGCUCCAGCUCUAGUUGCCCCCAAGGACACAGUCUUCUACCGUUUCCUGAAGCCAUGGCUGGGGGACGGCCUCUUGGUGAGUGCUGGUGACAAGUGGAGCCGCCACCGUCGCAUGCUGACGCCUGCCUUCCAUUUCAACAUCCUGAAGCCCUAUGUGAAGAUUUUUAAUGACAGCACCAACAUCAUGCACGCCAAGUGGCAGCACCUGGCCUCCAAGGGCAGUGCCCGUUUGGACAUGCUUGAACACAUCAGCCUCAUGACCCUGGACAGUCUGCAGAAGUGUGUUUUCAGCUUUGACAGCAAUUGCCAGGAGAAGCCCAGUGAAUACAUCGCUGCCAUCUUAGAACUUAGUGCCUUAGUGGCCAGAAGGCACCAGAACCUGCUUCUGCAUGUGGACCUGCUUUAUCAUCUCACCCGUGACGGGAUGCGCUUCCGGAAGGCCUGCCGUCUAGUGCACGACUUCACUGAUGCGGUCAUCCGGGAGCGGCGCCGCACUCUCCCUGAUCAGGGUGGUGGUGAGGAUGUCCUCAAGGCCAAGGCCAAGGCCAAGACUUUGGACUUUAUUGAUGUGCUGCUGCUGAGCAAGGAUGAGCAUGGAAAGGCUCUGUCUGAUGAGGACAUCCGAGCAGAGGCCAACACCUUCAUGUUUGGAGGCCACGACACCACAGCCAGUGCGCUUUCCUGGAUCCUGUACAACCUGGCGAGGCACCCAGAAUACCAGGAGCGCUGCCGGCAGGAGGUGAGGGAGCUCCUGAGGGACCGUGAACCUGAGGAGAUUGAGUGGGACGACCUGGCCCAGCUGCCCUUCCUCACCAUGUGCGUUAAGGAGAGCCUACGGCUGCAUCCUCCGGUCACUGCGAUCUCCCGCUGCUGCACUCAGGACAUUACGCUCCCAGAUGGCCGGGUCAUCCCUAAAGGUGUCAUCUGCCGAAUAAGUAUUUUCGGGACACAUCACAAUCCAGCUGUGUGGCCAGACCCGGAGGUCUACGACCCCUUCCGCUUUGAUGCAGACAACGACAAGGGCAGGUCACCCCUGGCUUUUAUUCCCUUCUCGGCUGGGCCCAGGAACUGCAUAGGACAGACUUUCGCGAUGAGCGAGAUCAAAGUGGCCUUGGCGCUGACUCUGCUGCGCUUCCGCGUUCUGCCGGAUGACAAGGAGCCCCGCAGGAAGCCAGAACUGAUCCUGCGCGCAGAGGGAGGGCUGUGGUUGAAGGUGGAGCCGCUCAGCGCAGGCGCACAGUGACCCCAGAGCUUGCGUGGGACCGCUCCGCCCAUCCACCUGCGCCAUUUCCAGGAAUAAAAAAAAACUCUUGUCACGUUGUCUGAGCCCCACCAAACAUCCAGAUUACAUGCCUCAUGUGACCCACAGGGAGCCAUGGAAGGUGUUUGAGCAGUAGGGGGAUUUAAGGGACCUGAAGAUUAAUAUUGUCACCCAGGAGGCAAGGUACACCUGUGAGGGAUUAUCUGGGUAAAUCAAUUUAAGUGGAAUGAUUCCUAAUUGUAUGUGGCACCAUUACCAGGUUUGGGUUCUGGGUUGGAUUAAAAAAAAAAAGUGUGGCCCAGAUUAGAGGUGGCUUUUCCCACCUCAAACGAUCUAAUAAAAAAAAAAAAAUCCCUUAGUGGUGUGCCAGACAGCUUGGGUUUUAGUUAAUUACAGAUUUAGUCAAAUUGAAAACCCAAAAUGGCCAUCAUAGCCAGACUACAUAACCCUUCCCAAACAUUUCCACCAAUGUGGGACCAAGCACCUGAACUUGAGCUUAGGGGUCACCUUCAUCCAAAGCACCAGUCUCUUGCCUUCUGAGGGUGUGCCAUUAUAUCAGCUGGGUAUGUGUAUUAGCCAGGGUUCUCUAGAGUCAUGGAACUUAUGCAAUGUCUCUCUAUAUCAAGGGGAUUUAUUGGAAUGGCUUACAGUCUGUAGUCCUAAGUGGCCAAAUAUUUUAAGUCUCCAUUUUAGAGACCUAAGUUUGAACUCAGGAAAACUAACAGGCGGGUACCUAGCAUUAGUUUCCAAGUUGCCCCCAACAAAACCUGAACGUAGCUCCAGUCUCUAGGAUGAUCCCCAAUAAGACCAGCGUCUCCAGGUUAUUCCCCCAACAAACCUAUACCUCCAGCUUAUGAGCCCACCCCCUGCCUAAUGACCACCAAUGAAGAGGGAAGCAGAAGUUAGGUUUAUGAUAUGAUUUCCAACACCAGCCAAUUAUGUUAAAGGCCACAGUAGCUUUCCAAGUAGAUGCUUGCACACUCACCCCUCAGCCCCUUGCUGUUGACUAUAAAACCUUGCCCCAAGAGAUAUUCAAGGCUCCCCCACCACCAAAACUGUCCUGUGUGACAGUAGUGCAUUGGAGCUAGCUCGAACAGAAUAAAGACCCUGCUGUAAGUUGCAUAA